AUGCUGAAAAAUCUAGAACGUUUACGGCAUGCAUGGAAUAGCACAGAAACCAAAUGGUCGCCCAUGCCAGUAGGUUUGGGUUUGGCAGUAAUUGGCUACAUUCAAUACCGUCAUGUCCGGGAUCGCGAAAUCGAAAAUCGGCCCAAACCAAAAUAUGUUGCCUCGGGCCCCUGGCAAGUUCACGUAGCAGCAGCUUUGCCUCUACGAAGUAUAUCGCGACUCUGGGGCGCUUUCAACUCGCUGACCAUUCCUGAGCCCUUACGACCUGCCGGGUUUAAGCUGUAUAGCUGGCUCUUUGGCUGUAACCUAGAAGAAAUGAAGAACCCCAACUUGUACGCAUAUAAGAACCUCGCCGAAUUCUUUUAUCGUGAACUGAAGGAUGGUGCUCGACCUAUUGCUAAUACACCUCUGGUAUCGCCAUCUGACGGCAAAGUGUUACACUUUGGUAUUGUCAACGAACGCGAAAUCGAACAAAUCAAGGGAGUCACGUAUUCGUUAGACGCGUUGUUGGGCACAGAUGACACGUCCUCCGUACCAACAAUAGACGCGCAAAUGGCUGAAGGUGAAUCGGUAGACGAGGAAGCAUUUGCCAACGUCAACGGUAUCCAAUAUUCGCUGGACGAUAUGCUGGGUGGCCAAGAGGGUCAUGGCGUCAAGGUUGAGAGUACCGUCGGUCCCGACGGUUUGGCACGCGAUGAUGAAGAGAACAAUAAGACAGACAGCAGCUCUACCGCCUUGCUCAAUUUAUCUGAUGUCAAGCCUGGCACUUCUGUGGGCGAGCAUAAUGUCAAGCCUGGCAAUGCCUUGUUCUUCUGCGUUAUCUAUUUGGCACCAGGCGAUUACCAUCGAUUCCAUUCGCCCACAAGCUGGGUCGUUCAAAAGCGAAGACACUUUGCUGGUGAAUUGUUCUCGGUAUCGCCUUACUUUGUCAAGUUGCUUCAGAAUUUGUUUGUGUUGAACGAGCGUGUGGUCUUGCUUGGUAAAUGGAAGCAUGGCUUUUUCUCCAUGACACCUGUUGGCGCCACGAACGUCGGGUCGAUACAUAUCAAGUUCGAUGAGGCUCUCAAAACCAACCGAAAAGAGGAUCUUCCUUUGGGAACAUAUACCGAAGUAUCGUACAAAUCAGCAAGCAAGUUACUGGGUGGCAAGGCGUUGCGACAUGGUGAAGAAAUGGGUGGCUUCUAUUUGGGAUCGACGGUUGUGCUUGUAUUCGAGGCUCCAGCCUCGUUCCAAUUCAAAAUUGCUGCAGGUCAGACCGUUAGAAUGGGUCAGCCUUUGGGCGAACUCGUAGAACAAAAGCAAGUAGAAGAGGUCAAGUCAACUUCUUCAUCUUCUACUACCACUUCCUGA